AUGACAGAUCGCACCUUUAGCAGUGGAGAAGCGUCACGCAAGCAGGCGGGCUUGAAAAAGAACAUGGCCGCGAGAAAUUUCUUGAUACUUUUCUGUUUCUUCAGCCAUAGUGCUCUAACUUGGGAAACUCUACCAUAUUGUGGAAGUGAUUCUUAUAAAUACACCCCAUUGCAAAGGGGAGACAAUGGAAAAGAAUAUACCCUCAAACAAGUACAUGUGAUAAUCAGACACGGUGACAGAACAAGAGCAGAAGCUGCUCCCUGUUGGGCUAAUGACACAGCUGUGUGGGACUGCCUAUUGACGUCUGCUUCUCUGCCUGUCAUCAAACAUGACAUCCAUGAUAUAACAGUGGACAGGAUCUACAGAGAUGUUUACAUACCUGGUCGUAAUGACAUGAAAGGUGACUGUGGUUUGGGUCAUCUGACUUCUAAGGGAUACAAACAGGAGGAGGAUAAUGGAAAGAAUCUGCGCAAAGUAUAUGUUGAUACUGGGUUCCUUUCCCCCAACUACUCCAAUCGUGAAGUGUUUUUUCGAACGGAUGAUAUGUCAAGAACAAGACAGUCUGCUCAAGCUCUGGCUAUAGGUAUGUUUCCACCCUCCGCUCCAUUGUCAGGCAAAUCUCAAGUCGUCGACAUUAAUGUGAUGGACAAAGAAUAUGAUGACAUAGAACCAAAUCCCAAUCUUUGCCCUAAGUUAAAUCAAUAUCGGAAAGAGUUCUUUGCAUCUGAGUCUUGGAAACAGCAUUACAAUGAAAUAACUGAACCACUAAUGGCCGAAGUUGAAAAAGCACUUGGUCUCACAUACAAACUGACGCCCGAGGGUUUGAUCCAUAUAGCAGACUGCCUUUUAGUCCACAUUUGUCAUGGGUUCCCCAUCCCACCCAGUGUAUCCUCAGACCUUGUGGAGCGCGUUGCCAGCGAAGUAGAAUACAUGUGGUAUGCCACCUUUGAAUACCCUACCAUACAGGAUCACGCCAAAGUAGGCAUUGGAUUUCUGAUCAGCGAGAUAUGGAUGGCGAUGCAAGAAGCUAUGAAAGAAAGUAAAGCGAGAAAGUUUUAUUUGUAUUCUGGCCACGACUCCACAGUUAUGCCCUUCAUGAAAGCCUUCAACGCCAGCGACGGCAAAUGGAGCCCGUACGCCUCCAUGAUUCAGCUGGAAUUACUGGAAACUACCAGUUCAAAAAACACGGAUUAUGCCGUAAGGCUGCUUUACCAUGGCCAAGAACGAGUCAUCCCAUACUGCCGCGUGUCUCCAUGUCCGCUGGCCCAGUUCAGCGAGUACAUGCAGGCUAUUACCCCUCAACACCCGGAUACAGAUUGCAAAGUGACCAAUGCAAGGCCCAUGAAUAGGGCACGACCACAGCGUUUUAGGACAGUUAGAGUUUUCGCAUAAUUAAAUCAAACACGAGCUACACGCUAACACUAGGUGAAUCGAGAAAAGGGCUAAGCCCUGACACGUGAUGACCCGUUUCCUUCGUUUUUCUAUGUGAAUGUAUAUGCCAUUUUUCUUCAAUUAAUUCAGAAUUUUUCAAUGAUAUUGAAUGGGAAUUCAUCGUAUUCCAAUCUAGGAGACAGUUGAACUGUUUUUAUUAACUUAAUGAAACAGUCAAUUGACAACAAGUUAAGGUUCAUGUUGGGUUAGGGGAGGGGUAGGUGUGCAGUUGCCCAGAUACUGAUAUUGAUCCGUAAUUUCACUAGGUAUUGUUUGAGAUGCUUUGACUUUUUGGUUGGGUUUUUUUUACCUGAGUUAUUUUGUUUUGUAAAUUUCACCGAAUUAAUUUGUAUUGAGGGGAGGGGGUUUC